AUGGACACAUCGUAUUCGCUACCGUCGUCGGCUCUGCCGCACGCACAUCGGGCUCACACUCGCUCCCAGCCGCCGUCGCUAAACAACACUUGGCGGAUGACUGUAUCGAGCGACAGUCUGCCCUCGCAGCUUGAAGACGACGAAGAUGGAUGCGGGGAUCAUGACCACGACCAUGAUCAUGGCCACUCUCACUCCCACCUACGCUCAAAGGGGUAUUCACACUCGCCGCCGCCGCUGUCUCCCUCAUUCUUGCAUGCGCAUUCCUACAGCUAUCCACACCAUGGCCGUAGUGGCUCUCAAGCCUCCAACGCAAGCGCUACUAUGCUACAAGAGAAGCCGUUGGUAGGAGGCAUCGAAAGUCGGUCUCAAGGGAGGAGAAACCGUUAUACACCAGAAGGCAUAGAUGAAACCACCCACAAUCAUGCCCACAACCACACUCAUAGCCACGACCAUAGCCACGACCACGACCACGACCACGACCACGACCACGAACAUAAUCAUAACCACGACAAGCAUUUCCCCUCUCAUCUUCACUCUCACUCUCACGACCACAGCCACGAUCAUGAUCACGAUCACGAUCAUCACCAUGACCACGACCAUAGCCACGGCGUCGGUACCAGCACUGGCCAUAGCCACGGUUCUGAGCGGUCUCUCUUCACGAGGGCUAUCCUUCCAUACACUGUCGGAUGGCCCAUUCUUUAUUCUAUACUUGCCGAGAAGGACUCGAGGCGUAUUUUCUACUUUAUGACUCUGAACUUUGGCUUCAUGAUUAUCCAAGCUUUCUAUGGCUACGUUACCGAUUCGCUAGGCCUCCUUAGUGACAGCAUUCAUAUGUUUUUCGACUGCGUUGCUUUACUGGUGGGAUUACUGGCAGCUGUCAUGAGCAAAUGGCCAAAGAGCCAGCGAUUUCCCUAUGGCUUUGGAAAAGUCGAAACACUGAGUGGUUUCGCCAAUGGCAUCCUCUUAAUGCUACUUAGCGUUGAAAUUGCAUUUGAGGCAUUUGAGCGGCUAUGGGAGGGGACGCAAACAAAGCGGCUCGGUGAGCUCUUCGUCGUUAGUAGUCUGGGCUUGGCUGUGAAUUUGGUCGGCAUGAUGGCGUUUGGACAUCACCACCACGGCCAUGAUCACGGUCACUCCCACGGUCAUUCUCAUGGCCACUCCCAUGGUGAGAAGCAUGACCACGGCUGUGGUUCGCACUCGGGUCACAGUCAUGGACAUGACCAUGGCCAUGACCAUGAAAAUGAAAACAUGCGAGGCAUUUACCUGCAUGUUCUGGCAGAUACGUUGGGUAGCGUCUCAGUCAUUGUAUCUACAGUUUUGACAAGCUUCUGGGGCUGGUCUGGAUGGGACCCGCUGGCUUCUUGCUUUAUUGCGACGCUCAUCUUUCUGUCUGCGCAGCCACUUGUAUUCUCAUCGGCAAAGCGGCUGCUCUUGACUGUGCCCGAGGGAGUUGAGUAUAACCUGCGGAACAUCCUUGCCGGUAUUGGACAACAACGAGGCGUUGUAAGCUACGCCACGCCGAAAUUUUGGAUGGACGAUCAUGGAGGUGAGAAGCUGUUGGGUAUUGUUCAUGUCACGGUCGCUCGUGGCGCCGCUCUAGAGGACACUAAAGAUCGUGUUCGAGAGUAUCUGCUUAAAGAGGGCAUUGAUGCCGUUAUACAGGUGGAAAGAGAUGGAGACAAUGGGUGCUGGUGCACUCGAGGGCGAGCUUUGGUCAACCCGCCGCAGAUGUCGAAGCAAUUCUAG